AUGUUGUCGAGCAGAUCUACCAAGCACCGAUGGCAACAACAUCGUUUUUUUGCCCUGAACUCUGUUGUUUCAACCUCUUCAUCUUCUUCGCUCGGUCUCCGUACAAGCACUAUAUUUCGACCUCGAUUCUCCCGUCGAGUCAGAACCAGAGGAAGACCCACCCGACUAUCAAUCGCAGGCGCUAAAGCAGAAGUGAGAGAAGAGGACAUUUUCAUCAUUGGGGCAGGAAUAGCUGGCCUCGCCACAGCGGUUUCGCUUCACAGACUUGGGGUUCGGUCGAUGGUUCUCGAGCAGGCAGAGUCGCUGCGGACGGGCGGAACCUCUCUGACGCUCUUCAAGAACGGGUGGAGGGUGUUGGACGCAAUUGGUGUUGGAAUGAGCUCAGAGCUCAAUUUCUUGAAAUUCAAGGUGAUACAGUUACUUACUACUAUCAUACAUUCUCUGUGUCACGACCACCAGUUGUGCCUCCCGAGCUGGGGCCAUGACAGAUUCUGUUAUUCUUCUCUCCUGAACUUUUUCAUGGCAUCAGCUGUGCAGGAUGGUAGUAAAGUCAGAAGAUGGAAGGGAGCUGCGCUCCUUCAGUACAUGAGGUACAGCCAAGAGGUUCGUGCUGUUGAGAGAAGGAUACUUCUGGAGACUCUUGCCAAUCAGCUGCCUCCAGAUGUCAUUACUUUUUCUGCAAAACUAGAAAAGAUUGAAAGAAAGGAUUCAAAAGAAAUUAUGCUGGAACUCACAGAUGGGACAAAAAUAUCAACAAAGAUUGUGAUUGGUUGUGAUGGAAUCCGCUCUCCAAUUGCCAAGUGGAUGGGGUUUUCAGAGCCCAAAUACGUAGGACAUUGUGCUUUUCGGGGACUUGGAUUCUAUCCUGAUGGGCAGCCAUAUGAACCAAAAGUAAACUAUAUCUAUGGAAGGGGAGUGCGAGCUGGAUUUGUGCCCGUCUCUCCAACUAAAGUUUACUGGUUUGUCUGCUUUAACAGCUCCACUGCAGGUCCAAAGAUCACUGACUCUUUGGUGUUAAAGAGACAAGCUUUAGAUGUAGUAGGGAACUGGCCCUCAGAACUUUUGAACAUUAUUAAUAACAGCCCAGAUGACACGGUAAUCAGAACCCCAUUGGUGGAUCGGUGGCUGUGGCCGGGCAUAAGCCCUCCUGCUUCUGCUGGAAAAGUUGUGCUGGUGGGUGAUGCGUGGCACCCGAUGACUCCCAAUCUAGGGCAAGGCGCUUGUUGUGCUUUGGAAGAUGCAGUAAUUCUUGCUAGAAAGCUUGCUGGUGCAAUCAGGACCGGAUCUGGUUCGGUGGAAGAUGCUUUCAGAUCUUAUGGAAGUGAACGAUGGCCCCGUGUCUUUCCCCUGACUGUUCGUGCUAAUCUGGUGGGAUCACUCUUGCAGUGGGAUAAUCCUGCGGUGUGUUCUGUACGGAACAAUGUUAUUAUACCUAAGCUAGUUAGGCUUGGACCCAUUUUGGAACAUACAAAUUUUGAUUGUGAACCUUUGUACCAAAUUUAG